CCUGCCGAGCGCGCAUGUGCGGCAGCAGGUAACCAAAAAUAUCAAAAGAGAAAAGAAAACAAAAAAUAAAAGAAUAGAAAGAGAGAGAGAAUAACUUGCAACCGUGGCUCAUCGAGUUAACAGUCGGCCAGAACAGUCGGCCAGCACUCACGCUCUUCCAGCACAAUAUUAGAGACUGUCGAGUGUUUAUUAUAGUACCUUGUGUAGUGUGUGUGUGUGUCUUGUAUUUGAUUUUUUAGUGUGUUGAACAUUUUUAUUGAUUGCAGUUUCUUGUUUUGAGUGUUUUACCCGCACUGGUUGUCGAGUUGGAAAAGAAAUUGGGCCACAUAUAAUUCGAUCGUGACAUUGUGUGCAGUAUAGCAACAGGGAGAAAAAAUAGCAGACGACAUGAACUGAACCAAUCACCGGCGUGAGUCAGAAGAAUUUUCAGACAAAAAAGAAAACCAGUUGAAAUUCGGCGAAUUGUCACCAGUUGAUUGACCGAGAAAAUUAUUAUAAACUGGAAACAUUGUAUCAAACAGUCCAGCUGCAGCACUCCAGUCAUGAAACUGUCCAGUUCCGUCUCUGUCGUGCUGUUGUUUCUCCACUCCAUCAAUAAGGCCGUGCUGCUGUUGUUGUUUUGGUUGUUGGCGGUGACGGCGUCGAAUCUGAACAAGCAAAACAUCAGCAACGAUGUUGCCGGCCUGCCGCUGCUCUCCUCUUCCGGUCGCUCUUUAUUGGCCGUCAAAGAACCUCCGGACGACCCCAAUAAUAAGAAUCACGUCCUCCAGCAGAGUCGACUCGUUCACCCGACUUUUGUGGCGACGGCCUCGAAGAUCGUCCGCCCCAACACGGUGUAUCGGGUGAACGUCGUCGUUCUGCCCGCAUCACCCGAUCUAAUCGUUAAGGCCGUCAUCACCAAAGGCGGCGGCCACCAGAUCGCCUCGGCCGCCCAAGUCGUCGACGCCGGAUCCAGUCACGAUCUCUUCUUGAAAAUUCCGGCAUCCGUCACCAACGGCAGGUACCGCCUCAAACUGGAAGGCUACGACACGCUGCAUCCGCAAAAGGCCGUUUUCGUCAAGGAAAGUCAACUCGACUUUCAUUCCGACUUUCUCUCCAUCGUCGUCCAGACCAACCGCAAAGUCUUCCGCAACGGAAUGAAAGUUCGAUUCCGGGUGAUUUUAACGCAAUUAAAUCUGAAACCUUACACCGAUCCAAUCACCGUCUUCAUUGUGAAUCCGCAGGGAUUCAUUAUGCGUCGCUGGCCGUCGCGUAACCCAAGAAACGGAGUGGCGACGCUGUCGUACGACGUGCCGUCCUAUCCGACGAUGGGCAACUGGACGAUCCGCGUCGAGGCCAUGCAACAGGUACACGAGCACCAGUUCGUGGUGGAGCGCUACUACAUUCCGUUCUUCGAAGUCAUUCCGUCGGCGCCGGCCUACGUCCUCGACUCGGACGAGAAAUACACGGCCGGCGUGACGACUCCGUUCCACAGGGCCCGCGUCGCCAACGGCAACACGACCGUCCAGGUCCACGCCAGACCGGUCAACACCUCCAUCCGGGCCUACCGGCUAGUCAGCGAAGAACAUCCUCCGUGGACUCACGAAUUUUCCUACGCGGUUGAUUUGAAUGACGUGAGGAGCGCCAUGGGGACGAGGAGCUUGGCCGGCUGGGUCAUCCGAGUCACGACGUCGGUGCACAAUUAUUUCAUGGGCGAAACGCGUCGGGGUUUCAUCGAGACGCGCGUCAUCCGCGCCCAACUCAAAUUCAAAUUUUCUGGCGCCAAAACGGCCGUUUUCAAACCGGGGAUGCCGUUCGAGGGACACGUUUACGUCAUGUACGACGACGACCAGGCCCUUUCGCCUGAAAAACUGGCCGGAGCGACUCUGACCAUCCGGCCGGUGGUGACGACGUCCAACGGCCAAUUGAAGACGCUGCCGGAAGUGAUUGUUCCGGCCACGGGUGAAUAUCUGAGCAAUCCUAAAGGCGCAAGCAAGAAAAAAUACGGCGCCGAUUUCAAACAGUGGAUGGAACGGCAAGCAGAAGACGCCGAGUUUGGCCAAUUUCGACGCACUGGCGUCUACCAUUUUCGUUUCUCGGUACCGAAAGACGCCAGCGCAAUCAAAAUCACGGCAACGUACAAGGACGGAGAAGGCGACAAGGCAACCGCUGAAAUGCGGGCCAUCGCUUUCUACUCUGCCAACGAAAUGUACGUCCACGUCGGGACCAGCACUGAGCAAGGACGACUGGGCGAGAACGCCGUGAUUCACCUGCGGAGUAAUUUCGGAUUCCAGGUCUACAGUUACGUUGUCGUCUCGAAAGGCUUGGUGAUCCACGGCGCCACUGAAACGCAUCCGCACCCGACCAAGUUGGUGACUUUCUCAGUUCCCGUUUCAUCCGAAAUGGCGCCAACUUUCAAACUGGUGGCCAUGAUCGUCAGUCCAGUCGGCGAACUGGUGGCCGAUUCCGUCACGAUCCCGGUCCAGAGUUUCAACCGCUACAAGAUGAACGUGACUACAGUUCAAGUGCGAGAUCAUUCGAAAGAGACGGUCCAGCUGGUGACAAGGACUCGACCAGGCGCGUUUGUCGGAGUUUCCUUAUUACGUUCCAUCAAUUACAUUUUCCAAGCGGACAACGACAUAAAUCCCAGCCGAGUACUCAAAGCGCUUUACAAAUUGGAACCUUUCACAAAGUCUGUGCACGGAGUGACUUGGACGGACCGUGAGGGAUUGAAAGCCGAACGAACGGAAUAUUUCAAAGGAGCCAAUCCCGGAGCGGACACGAAACGGACCUUUGAUCUUGCUGGACUUUUGCUUUUCUCAGACGCUCGAAUCAGUCAAUACCCUGACAUUGCCAACUGCGAUCAGAGCAAUGGAUACGAGCCGUGCCUAGCAGCUGGAUGUUUCCACAAGGAUCAGCGCUGCGAUGGAAAAUCGGAUUGCACCGACGGAUCCGACGAGGAUGACUGUCCUCCUGUCGUAGAUGACAAGAUGAAUUUUCGAAUAUUUCGCAGGAGUCGUUAUCACGAUUUCUACGAUUGGCUGGACGGCGAUUGGGCCUGGUACGAUAUUCCGACUACCGACGACGGCAUAGAAUUCCACGACCGAGGCAUAGCUGCCACCGAUGAAAUCUGGUACAUUAACGCCUUCAGUUUCCAUCCGGAAUUCGGUUUUUCAAUGAUGGAUCAAGCGGUCGAGUACGACGGAACGGCUCCGUUUUACUUUUCAGUCGAAACGCCCAGCGCCAUCCGCCGAGGCGAGACUCUCGGCGUCCGGUUGAUGGCCGUCAACAAUCUCAAAGAAGAAGUGAUGACGCUGAUCGUUUUGGAAGCGUCGGACGAUUAUCUUUUCGUCGAAACGGGAGACGAUGGCGAAGUUGAACAUUACCGACCGAAACUAGUCGGCGGAGAGCGUCAGCACAUGGUCGCCGUCAAGGCCCAAUCUUUUAGGGAAGUCCACUUGCCGAUUUCUCCACAGGUGGAACAGGGCACCAUCACGAUCAAAAUCCAAACCAUCAGCCAGAUUAGACGGCAGACUUUCGAAAUUGAUCUCGAUAUCUUGCCGGAGGGUGCUACAGUUACCAGAUACACUUCGCUUUUAUUGGAUUUGAAAAAUCGAGCCCACGUUCUGCGAUAUCUCGACAUUCCCGUUGAAGAGUCGCCCAUCAUUCCUUACUCGAAAUUCCGCCGAUACGUUUUCGGCAGUCCUAGAGCUUCCGUCACUUUGUGCGGCGAUGUCUUUGGGCCCGUUUUCCCGUCUACGCCCACCUCGACCGACUCGCUGCUAAGCAGAUCCCUUCAUGGAACUAAGGCCAAUCUGUACAACCUGGCCAGCACUUUGUGGAGUCUCCACUAUCUCCGGCUGACGAACCAACUCAAAUCCAGAGUGCUGUACAGGGGCUUGAACACGAUGAACAUCCAAAUGGCAGAGCUCAUGCGUCUCUAUAAUUACGACGGAUCAUUUAUCGCUCAAAAAGCCUCAGACCCCAGUGUUUGGGUGACUGCUUGGGUGAUUCGAGUUUUGGGCCAGUCACAAUUCCAAGAUUGGGAAAAUCAUUUCUUCGUCGACAGGCGACUGCUCGGCACUUCCGUCCAAUGGAUUUUGAAAAAUCAAAACCGGGACGGUACCUUCGAGGAACCCGACGAUUACCCAUUUCCUCUGGAAAUUCAAAGUGUGCGCAAUGCGACGAGAAAGGUCGCUCUGACAGCUCACGUGUUGAUCGGUUUGCAUCAUUGCAGCGAAAGUUUAGAGGGGCCAUUGAAAGUGCUCACGGCAACGGCCAAAGCUCGUUCAGUCAAUUAUUUAGAACGGGCUGUGUCACGCCUGACGGACCCUUACGAAGUGGCAAUCGUCACCUACGCGCUGACAUUGGCCAACAGCCCGGCAAAAGAAUCCGCUUUCAAUGGGUUGCACAAAAUCAAACGAGAGAGCGACGGAAUGGUGUAUUGGUCGCGGGAGCCGGUUCCAUCUAAUCAAAUUCUCUACGAGAAUCAGCGGCCGUUCCUCCAGCCGCGUUUGCCCAUGCACCAAGACGCCGCGGCGGUUGAAGCGACGUCCUACGCCCUUCUCGUCUAUUUGGCUCGUGAUGGCAUCGGCGAUCUGCAGGAGAGGGUCGUCUCUUGGCUCAACACGAUGCGCAUGGUCGACGGUGGUUUCGUUUCCAUCUACGAUAGCAUUGUUGCUAUGGAAGCCCUCACGGAAUACGCUUACCGAGCCAGAUUGCGUGAUAUUACCGACAUGAGUGUCGUCGUGGAAGCGUCCGCUUCCAAAAUGGGCAAAACUAUGCGCAUUAACAGCAACAGUUUGGCCAACGUUCACCGGAUGAAUAUUCCAAAUGUCUGGGGCCAUGUCAACAUAAUCGGCCGGGGAGCCGGUCAGGCCGUUUUGCAGCUCAAAGUUCAAUACGGAAUCGACUGGGAGGAGUUGAACGACGUGCCAAAACGGCGCUAUUUCGAUUUAUCGGUCGACGAGACGUACAGUCAUUUCCGCAACAAGUCUCACGUGACCGUUGAAGCCUGCAUCAGAUGGCUGGCAACGGACGAAGCCAAAACAAGUGGUCCAACCACAUUAGAAGUGGAAACGCCGUCGGGUUACGGGUUCGUCCAGUCCGAUGCCAACGAGUUAGUCAUCAAAAACAAUUACACGUUCAUCCGCGACGUGUUCAUUGGCCGCAGUAAAAUCAUUUGGGUUUUCGACCGGGUUGGCGAGGAGCGGCUUUGUAUUAAAUAUAAUGUCCAUCGUUGGUUUCCCGUUGCCAAUAUGACCCUGUACCGCGAGGCCAUCGUCUACGAGUCCCACAUGCCGGAACACUUUGAGAUGAUCAUCUUCAACGCUACGCCGCUCUACGUGCUGGACAUUUGUGAGGUGUGCGGCAGCUACCAGUGCCCGUAUUGUCCGUAUUUCAGCGGCUCGCCCGUCUCCGCCAAAUUGUCAUCGCCGCUGCUCGUCAUCUUCGGUUCUCUGCUGGCCAACGCUUUUGUCCAUUACCUUAUUCACCGCCAUCAGUUUCGACCAACUUUGUGAUUCGUUCUCUCCACCAUACUGCAUUUUCCGCACUAUUUAGAAAAUAGUCGACAUCCGAUAUAAUUAAGCGCCCUGUGUCCUUCUUUCGUUUUGGAACAGAAGGUGGGUGAUUUUUGUUUUCGUGUCUUGUACAUAGAAGUUUAAAAAAGCUUUGAAAAUGUGGUUUUUUGUUUCGCGCGUUAUUUGGUUUCUCUUAUUCCUACAAGAACAAAUAGAACUUAAAGAAUUUCAAUAAAAGAGAAACAUAUUAUUUCAGUAAGAAAUGAUGGAUUUCGCGUCCAAUCUCUCCCCGUCAAACCAGUUAUUCUUCUAAUGUGUUGAAGCUCUCGCAGUUAAAUGAAAUAAUAAGUUUUAAGUCAAAACGCUUGCGGCUAGAGCGAGAGCUAGAUAACGUUCAUAAUUUCAUAGUUUUUUUUUAUUAGAUUUCAUUUAUCUAUACAAGUAUUACCGGUAUGUAUAAAUAAUUAUACGAUUGAGAGUUUAACACAACUUUCCGUUUUGGAGUCCACUUUUUGUUCCAACUUCCACGCCUCGACUGAUGUAAAAUUUGAUUGAUGUCGCAUCUCUCUCAAGGAUUCUCGGGAAUCGAUAAGAUGUAGAAAACCCGAAUUUUCCUUUCUGGUCUUUUUAAAUCGUCGUGGGAUAAUGUUAUUUCCCACGUAACAACAUCAAUAUUGAUAUCAUUAUUUUAGUGUUAUCGGAC